AGGCCACGUCCAACCGAAGCAACUAAUUAACAGGGAACAAAUCGUAUCUACUUUCUUUACAUGGCUCUACCCAACGGAACCAGCUACUCACAAAUCAUAGAUUGAUUCUGUUGCUUGUGACGUCAGGUUCAUGGCUAGUGGAGAGGCGGAUCCACCACCGGCCACGAAGCCAUCAACUCCAAUGACCCCCGGACAGCGAAGCUUCACACAGAUGGCCGCUUAGACGAUUCCACCUACUGCCGAACAGGGAGGCGACUCUUGCGUCCAUGGAUCACCACGAUCUACUCCAGAUUGGAAGUGUUGAUUGGUCCCGGAUUGAGAUAGCACCAAUGAAUGAUGACGAAAUUGAUGUUCCUAUAACAGAAGAGAACUUGUGCUCGGUGCUUGGCAUCAAUGACGAACCUGAGCAUCGGAAAAUUGUAUCUGAAGCAGCCAUGAAAGCCUCCAUUGCAUAUGUUGAUGCAUGUGUGGCUGAUAUUGAUGAGGAUUUACUUGCUGAUGCGGCUCUUCCUGUGCCUGACCAUAUGCCUGAAGAGGAUCACUUUUGGUAUGAUAAGGAACAUCCUGUGAUAGAGGAAGGAUCUUUGUUUCGUUCAACGAACGAGUUUAGGAUGCUCAUCAGAACAUUUGCUAUUAGAGGCAAGUUUGACAUCAAGAUCAAGGAUAGUGACACUACUAGAUUUUUGGGUCACUGUAAAGGAAAUGCAUGUCCUUGGAGAAUAACUACUAGGACAACAGAAGAUGGAAAAACAGUCAGGGUUAACAAGAUAGUAAAGCCUCAUAAGUGUUCAUCAACCGCUGCAGUGACAACAAGCAUGGCAGACCAAGCAUGGGUGGCAGAAAAGGCAAUGCGGUAUAUUCAAACUGAACCAAACAUUGGUGCCAGCGAGCUCCGAAAAAAGCUACAAGCCGAGUACAAAUGUACUAUUGGGUAUCAUACUGUUAACAAGGGAAAAGAAAGGGCCAAGAAUAGUUUAUAUGGGACCUGGGGAAAAAGCUUUCAGUCGUUAUUGAACUUCAAAGCUGAGAUUGAUAAAAGAUCUCCCGGUAGCAUUGUCGAGGUUGAUGUCAAGAGGGAAAGAGGUGAAGUGCAUUUUCGCAGAUUUUUUAUGGCACUUAAGCCGUGCAUUGAUGGCUUCUUGGCUGGUUGUAGACCAUAUGUCAGUGUAGACUCCACAUUUUUGACUGGAAAGUGGAAUGGUCAAUUAGCAGCAUGUACAGCACUAGAUGGACAAAAUUGGAUGUUUCCUUUAGCAUUUGGUUUCUUUGCUACGGAGACCGAGGAUAACUGGAUUUGGUUUAUGCAACAACUGCAUAGGGCAAUAGGACAUCUUCAAACUCUAGCUAUCUGUACUGAUGCAUGCAAAGGGUUAGAGAAUGCAGUUAAAAUUGUGUUUCCUCAAGCUGAGCAAAGGGAAUGCUUUAGGCAUCUAAUGGCAAACUUCAAAAAAAAGUUUCAUGGAGAUGUUUUUGGUCGCAUGUGGCCAGCAGCCAAGGCUUAUCGUCUGGAAACAUUUAACUAUCAUAUGGCCAAGAUAUUUGAAGCUGAACCUGCAGUGAGUGUCUACACUUGUGUACCUAUCAUAACUUAA